AUGACGGUGGUCGCGCUAUCGGGAAGGCCGCUUCUCGAUGCAGGCGACCUCGCGAGAAAUUCCCGCCGCCGCUUACAAGACUCGCGCGUCCGGAGCAAGACGCAUGUUGCUGUGCAUAAGCCACCCGCUGCCGUGCAAGACACCUGCUGCCGUGCAAGACACCUGCUGCCGUGCAAGACACCUGCUGCCGUGCAAGACACCUGCUGCCGUGCAAGACACCUGCUGCCGUGCAAGACACCUGCUGCCGUGCAAGACACCUGCUGCCGUGCAAGACACCUGCUGCCGUGCAAGACACCUGCUGCCGUGCAAGACACCUGCUGCCGUGCAAGACACCUGCUGCCGUGCAAGACACCUGCUGCCGUGCAAGACACCUGCUGCCGUGCAAGACACCUGCUGCCGUGCAAGACACCUGCUGCCGUGCAAGACACCUGCUGCCGUGCAAGACACCUGCUGCCGUGCAAGACACCUGCUGCCGUGCAAGACACCUGCUGCCGUGCAAGACACCUGCUGCCGUGCAAGACACCUGCUGCCGUGCAAGACACCUGCUGCCGUGCAAGACACCUGCUGCCGUGCAAGACACCUGCUGCCGUGCAAGACACCUGCUGCCGUGCAAGACACCUGCUGCCGUGCAAGACACCUGCUGCCGUGCAAGACACCUGCUGCCGUGCAAGACACCUGCUGCCGUGCAAGACACCUGCUGCCGUGCAAGACACCUGCUGCCGUGCAAGACACCUGCUGCCGUGCAAGACACCUGCUGCCGUGCANGCCUUGAGUAUCGGGGUUCGCUGA